GACUUAUCAAAUAAUUCACUGCGACGCAUCCCUCAAAACACUUUCCGCAAUAUGGAGAAACUGGAAGUAAUGUAAGGGAAUUCCUAAUGAUUUAAUUUAAACAGUUUAUAAAAUGUGGUUGAGAAAAAAUCAGGAAACGAGUGGAAAAGUAUUUCCCAUUUUUUUUCCAUUAUGAUAAACAACUAUUCACCUAAGUGGGGGUGGCUAGUGGUGGAUAUUUACCGAGCUGUGAAGAGUCGAGGUGAAUAGAAUAUGAUUAUCUAUCUUUCUGUCUUUGGUUUUUCUUGCCUUUGUUUCAUGACAGUUGUUAUCAUUUCUUCCCAGAAAUCUUUCCAACAACUCAAUUUCUGGGAGUUUUUACGUUCCAGAAAACGUUCAUUCUCUGUGAGUUAUAUUUGAUAAGGUGCUUCUCAAAGCUGUAUGCCACAAUUAAAGUACAUUAAGGAUUACUGCUGAAAUAUUGCUUUAUGCUUGUAUUCUCCAAAAAAUAUGAAUAAAAUGAUGAUGAACUGCUUACAUUAGUAUUUCCUAUCCUUUCCUUUGUCUUAUUUUCUUAAAAAACCAAGUAAAUAAAAAAGAAAAGAAAAACAGUGUAUGGAUAUGGAUGAAUGAAACAGUGUAGUAUAAAUGAGGCUUCGUGAAUCAUUUAAGCCCACUGUUUAACACCUUAAGUUGAUUUUAGAUAUUGCCUUUGUUUAGGAAAAUCAGUCACAACUUACUAUCAAUCGCUGAUGUGAAGGUCAUUCUGAAAGGGUUAACACGGCUUCACACACUGUAAGUGUCAUGUUUUAAGUUGAUUAAAAAAUUACAAAAACUAUAUUUUCGAAUGCUUUAAGCAUAUAGUCGUUGGAGAUAUUCGCUAAAUACUCGUUCAUCACAGUUUAUAAGGAAUUAAAAUUUCACACCUCAGAUCGGCCCAUAUUUAAUUAGCAGAUAGUUGCGACUUAUUCCAAACGGUUUACUUUUACAGAGAUUUUAGUGGAAAUCCACUUGGACCUUCUCUGCCAUCAGGUAUCUUCGCCGGGCUUGAAAGUAUGACAUAUCUGUAA